AUGGCGCUCGUCAACAUUCCACGCGAUCGGGACGAUCCCAACUACCGGUACAAGAUGCCGAAGUUGGUUUCUAAGAUAGAGGGCCGUGGAAACGGCAUCAAAACGAACAUUUUCAACAUGGGAGAAAUCGCGCGGGCUCUCAAGCGCCCGCCCAUGUACCCUACCAAGUUCUUCGGCUGCGAACUCGGAGCGAUGGCCAAGUUCGAAGAAGCUGAGGAAAAGGCGCUUGUCAAUGGCGCACACAAGGAAUCCGACCUUGUCAACAUUCUUGACAAGUUCAUCCAGAUGUACGUUCUUUGCCCAGGGUGCGAGCUGCCUGAGAUCGACAUCAUUGUGAAGAAAGGUUUGCUGACUUGCAAAUGCAACGCCUGCGGCUACCAGGGGUCGCUGGACAACGUGCACAAGGCGGCGACCUACAUGGUGCGGAAUCCGCCCGACGCAGGCUCCUCCACCAUGGGCAAGAAGAAGAAGUCCAAAGAAGAGCGCCGCGCCGAGAAGCAGGAGAAGCAGGCUAAGGACGCCAAGGAGAAGAAGGAAAAGAAGAAGAAGCGCACCGAGGAAGACGACGAGUCCGACGAGGAGAGCGGACACAACGGCCACGGCAAGGAGGCCUCGGGCGACGCCACGCCCACCAACGACGGUGAGACAGACAGCUGGGACGACGAGAAGGAGAAGAAGAAGGACAAGAAGAAGAAGAAGGACAAGAAGAAGUCGAGCGUGUUGGACUCGGAGAAGCGGCUGAUGCAGAAGGAGGCACUCGUGUUUGACAGUCCCGAGCUCCAAGACGUUAUCGAGCGCCUGAGGAACGUCGUCAGUCGAAGCGAGACUGUCGACUUGGCAACGUUUUUCCAGGAAAUGCGAAUUUUGCAGGUCUCGCAAGAUUUCGACUCGAAAUGUCGCAUCUACGUGACGGUGGCUGCGAUUUUCAACGAUGAUAUGACGCCGACGUCGUUGGAGCAGCGCAUGCCGUAUAUCUUGAAGGUAGUGGACUCCUCAGUCUCUGCGAAUGACAUGUUGGACGCGUUUGGCUACUACUGCAACGAGAAGGGCGGUGCAGCGAUGACGAACUUCCCCUACUGCUUGCAGAAGCUGUACAACGCCGAGGCUCUUGAGGCGGAGGACAUCCUCAAGUACUACUCCGAAGAUCGCGCAGACCCCGUGUUUUCCGCUUGCAAGAAGCAGGCAGAGCCUUUCCUCCAGUGGCUCGCACAGGACGAGGAGACCAGCGAAGAAGAGGACUAG